AUGGCACCAACCCAAAGUACCAUUCCCAAUUUGUUCAUGUCGGAUUUUGGUCUGAAUACCGACGACAUCAAGUACUUCAGCAUGGAUUCGCAUAUUCAAGGACGCGGCCCGAACCGCCUCCGUCAUUUGGACAUUGAAGGUCGCUGGAUUCUCAGUGGAAAGAGUAUUCCAUUCAUUUCCUCAACGUUCAACCAUUUGCAAAAGCUUAAUGAUGUCCAAGUGCCCAUCCGCGAUAUUCAAGAAGAGCCGAUUAACGCGAUUGGAAUGGUUGGCUGGACGAAAUCCACCGUGGAGGUGCCAAAGGAUGAGAAGAAAGUGCCAAAGAAAUUCGUGCUCCAGCCACCAGUCCUCGUCGAAGAUGAAGUGCCGCCAAGCCCAAGAGAAGUGGUUCCGCAUCGCUCGGCCGGCUACGGACCAGCUCACCAAAAGAGGAAGUUGUCGAUUCCAGACCGCUCGAGAAGCGCUUCCCCGCUCCGUCCAGACACCCCAUCGCAGACAGUCUACGACAAAUACGCCAAGUACGAACGUCAUAGAAAAGACUCGAUCACUCGCUAUGGAACCCGUUGGGGAGAUGCCGGAUACGUCUCGCACAGCCCAUCGCCAACUGGUGAUGAACCGCAAAACAUUCCGCAUCGUACUCCGGCGUUGUCGCCACGUCCAGCAUCAAGAAACAGCCGCAAAUAUGAUUCGGAAUACGAUCCUUCAUUCUUGAAGAAUAGUGAGUUCUGCGGAAAUCACAACAGUGAGCUCAAGGUUAUGACUAAACCUGGGAAAGGCGACAAUGUGCCAUAUAGAACGACUGGUUAUGGUGCGUACCAUGUCAAACGCCAAUAUGAAUUGAGCCCGAGGUCGAUGGGAAGCGAUUACGCGACUAGCAGCGGCUCUGAACAAUCGUCGCCUGUACCACCACGCGAGAGAACCGCUGACGAGAUCUUGCUCGCCGCUUACCACGCAUCUCGCAAGUCCGACAUGCCAGCGUACCGCUCGCGUGAAACCUAUAUUCGCCAUUAA